CAGACUCAUAAUGUCAAUUACCCUGUUCACGUUAUUGGUUCUUUGUGCUGGUCCAACUUUGGGGCUACUUGUACCCCAGCACCUAUGCGAUGGGCACUUCAGCUAUUUCUACAAACAAGAGGAACAGACCUAUAUAGGCAUUUUUACGGCUCCCACCUUUUCAAUUGUAAGUUCGAAUGCAGUGCUUAACUGGAGGGCGACAUUCGAAAUCGAAGGAAAGCGCGACUUGUUUGUGGGCCCAAUGAAAACGUAUCCCAACGAGAAUGAUGCCGCCACGAAAAUUGGCAGGGGAAUGCCGGCUGAGACUUUUGUGGAGUUCGUGAAUAUUACCACCGCGCUGCCCAAGCUUAUCUCUUUUUAUAUCAACAACAUGUUAGUGUGCUCCAGCGCAGAAUACCAAUACCCCAAGACCAGAGUUACUGUAAGGCAUCACAUGACCCUUUCCGUGAAAAAUAAACGCCCUAGCCCAAAGUUUCAAAAUUCCGGCGGCUAUUGAAUAUAUAUGUAUGUUUGUGCAAAAACAUUUCAUAGUAAUGUGUAAGUGG